CAUUGAAGCGUCGCCGGAGCUGUAGUGAAGCGUCGUCGGAGGUGCAAUGAAGCGUUGUCGGAGUUGCAUUGAAGCGCCGGAGGGCCGUUGAAGCUUCGCCAGCAUUGCAAUGAAGCGUCGAUGGAGCUGCAAUGGAGCGACGCUGGGCGCCAACGAUGCUGCCCUCGGGAGCUUUUGCGUGGUGCUGCCAUGGGGAAGCUGCCUCAUCUUGCGGCUGAGAACUUCUGAACCGUACGUCUCUAGGAGCGGUUUAAUUCUGCCAAACAUCAUCCGGAUGAUUUGUACCAGUGGCCAAAGAGAAACCGAACAAAACAUUUUAAGACGAGUUUAAUUUUAACGACGACCAGAAAAAUAGCACGGAUCUCAAAUUAACCACGGACAGUGGAUCCAUGAACAAGUACGGGGAGAUAAACUACUCUCAGUGAGCUUUUUCCACUUCACCUGUCUUCUUUCCUUGCAGCCGACGCCGUUUGGACUCCUGCUCGGAUCCGGUGCCAACUCCACUUCGUCUAGGUUUAACCAUCGUCCGUCUAUAUAAGGCGGCACGCAGCCGCGGCCUCCACAAACCACCCGCAACUCGUCCACCUUCUCUUCCGGCCUCUUGCCAUCACAUGCACGCAUCAUCUACAUCCCGCAUGGAGGCGAUCCCAAGCUAGAGGGGUGGUGAUGUCGCCGUCGUUCUUCCCGAGCACGUCGGGCUCCGACGCCGACGCCUGCGAACGCAACGGCUUGCCACACGCGGUCAAGAAGAUGUGGACCAAGACAGAGGACGACCUGCUGCGGGAGCAGGUGCGUCGGUGCGGCGGCCCGCACAACUGGGACGCCAUCUGCCGAGGGCUGCCCGGCCGCAACUCCAAAUCGUGCCGCGUGUGCUGGUGCCAGCACCUCGACCCCAGGGUGGGGGCCGUCAAGCCCUUCACCCCUGAGGAGGACAUGCUCAUCGUCAAGUACCAGGACACAUACGGCAACCGCUUGUCCACCAUCGCCGAGUUCCUCUCCGGCCGCACCGACAACGCCAUCAAGAACCGCUGGAACUCCGUCCUCCACAAGCACGCGCCCUCCUUGCAGGGGCACCCGCGCCUGUGGGCUCCUUCCAUCGCCCGACAGGCCAUGAGCCCCGAGGUCAUGCCGGGAUGCCUGCCGCUGUUUCCUCUGAUGAGCGGGGAUGUCAGGAUGUCCCUUCGUUCGACCGAGGACGUGUCAGAGGCUGAGACAUGUCCGGCGGAGAGGGAGUGCCUCGAGCUGUUCCCUCUGGCGCCCGGGGAUAUCACGGGCAACACGGGUGCUACGGCGUUGAGUGUCAUGUCAUGCGGAGCAGACGACCCGCUCACCGAGCUGAGGCUCUGGCCGGCGGCGAGGGUGGUGUUCGACGUAAUGCCGCUGCAGGCUUACCGGAUGUAGAUUCAUUCUAGUCUUCUUGCCAUGACUUAGUUGCUCUUUCAUCUUACUCUUUGCUAAUCAUGGGGAAUUUCCUA